AUGUUCGGCAAGGGUGGCACCUUGCACGGACACUGGGUAUCCGACAACACGAUCUCCAGCUCUGAUCGACGGUUGAAGAAGUCCAUCAAACCUUUGUAUGAAGCAAUGCAGCGGCCUGGAGAAUCACAGGAUGCCUCAGAUGGCGUGGGCUGGGUCUUGCGGCAGCUCCGACCAGUCUCCUUCAAGUUCAAAAAGGGGCCUGAGGCAAAGUACAGCAGGUAUGGCUUCAUCGCCCAAGAGUUGCAAGACGUAAUACCGUCAGUGGUGCGUCCAAUCACAUCGGACGGCAAGCCACGUCUUGCCGUGGUCUACCAGGACUUGAUCGCGCUGCUGACUUCUGCUGCACAAAUGUUGCAAGAGAAGGUCAGCAAGCAAGAGGAUAAGAUCGCCAGGCUGGAGGAGCAACUUGCUGCCAUGAGCAAGAAGCUGGACCUGCUCGUCGAGGCGCACACAGAUAAGGCGAGUCAGAAGGAGCCUGCCUUGGUUCUGUGA